AUGAAGUUUCUCGCUCACUUUUACACUCUAGCGGGUUCUGGCAAAACAAUCAUGAUGAGUCACAUCAUUGAGUCGAUGAGUUACCACUCUCCUGACGAUGAGUAUGAACCGGUUCAUGCCUUCGUGUACUGCAAUUUCCGCAACCCCGAUACACAGGACCUAGUAAACAUUAUGGGAGCCAUCCUAGGCCAGAUCUGCACCCAAAUGAGGUACUUCCCUCAAGAACUGCAGAGUUCAUUCCAGAAAGGUACAGAGCAAGGUUGGGGCCAACCACCUACCGUCGACAUGAUAUCCAAGGUGAUCAAGGUGCUAUCGACAAAACGACGGGCUUAUCUCUUCAUUGACGGCAUUGAUGAGGUUGAGGAUCCCAAAACUCUUGCAGAGAUCCUAGUUUCAUUGCCAAACUCGUCAUCCAGGAUCAACGUCCUAGUUUCAAGCCGAAACGACGUUGCAAUUCAGCGGGCCCUGUCGAAUGUUCCGCGUGUGUCUCUCGAGCAUCAUGUUUCGGAAAUCGACCAAGACAUCGAACGAUAUGUUGCAAAAAGGCUGAGCGGCGACCAAGACUUAGCAUGGUUAUCAGCAAAUGUCCAAAGCCUUGUUUCAUCUUCUUUGUUGUCAAAGUCGAAGGGAAGCUUUCAAUGGGCAUCGUGUCAGCUCCACUCUCUCUGCCAAUGCCGCACAAUUAGGGAUAUCAAAAAGUCCCUGAAGAGAUUACCACAGGGUCUAAGCGAGACAUACGCAAAGCUCCUUCUGCGUACAUGCCCCACGGAUGUUGCGCUUGUGAAGAAGAUCAUGACAUGGCUCGCCUUUUCUUGUGUCCCUCUCACCCUUCCCCAACUGUGGGAAGCACUCGCAAUUGAGAAAGGGGAAAACACGAUUGAUGAUGAGUCUCGACUACGAAGUCCUCAAGAUAUUCUACUCCUCGGUAACAGUCUGAUCGCCGUCUCACCAGAUGGUCACGUUGCACUGUCUCAUCUUUCUGUUCGGGACUACCUUGUGUCCACCGAAAUUAGGAGCAACCCGAAAACGGCGGUCUUUGCUCUUGAUCCUAGAGUAAGUCACAGGGAGCUAGCUCAAGAUUGUCUCACCUAUCUGCUGCUCUCUGACCUAUCUUCUGGACCGUCAAACACGGAACAGGAGUACUUGUCUAGGCUGGUGCACUUCCCACUGCUUCAAUACGCUACCAAAUACUGGUUCUACCAUGCUCGCAGCGCGGUAGUUGACGAUGAGCUUCGAGACCUGACCAUGAACUUCUUUGCACCGGAGGCAAGGGACAACUUCAUGUCCUGGGUUCAAGACUUGAACGCAGAUUCGCCAUUCAAAUGGAACGUCUACCCCAGACAUGCAACAUCGCUUUACUAUGCUGCCUCGCUGGGACUUGAUGAGGCAGUUGAGUCUCUACUUGGAUCCACAAGUCUAGAAGAGAUUAAUGCUCCCGGAAGUCGAUUUGGGGGUACAGCCAUUCAUGCCGCAGCUAUUCGGGGACAUGUUUCAAUCAUCAAGCAGUUUGUUGCUGCAGGGGGUGAUGCAGGUAAGGCAGACCUCAACAAGGUAACCCCUCUGCAUAGCGCUGCAAGUCGAGGCAGCGUGGAAACCAUCAAGGUCUUGUUGGAGCAUGGAGCCCCAAAAGAAGCCAAGGACGGCAUGGAUGGAAAGACGCCUGCUGAUUGGGCUAGACUAAGUGGUCAUGUGGACGUGGCGAGGCUGAUUGAAACAUUUUCUGAAGAGAUUGGUCCGGAAAAAGAGCGCCAGGGCAGUAAAGGAAAAGGAAGGAAAAGGCACGAACUGCGAGCUGCCUUCAGACACAUUUUCAGACUCCAUACCUCACACAAUUGA